UCACCAGCACGUCAGAUAGUGAAAUAUGCAAUGCAAUUGGCUGGGAACGGUUAACUCGCACGUGAUAAGGUUCUGCGGUACACAUUUUUGUUUACAAACAUGUCUUUGUCGCCGACUAAGAGAAUGAUAUGUGCUAAUGGACACCAGAUCGCCAGUCACACGACGGAUAUUGAAAAUAGAUAAUUUCUGUCCACGAAGCCAUUAAACGCUAAGUGGAGUAUGUCAACAGAGUAUGGCUGUCCCUCUUUUCUGUGUCCCUCCCUAUACAGACCGGUAACAGCAAUCUGUGAGACCGCAGUUCUGAUGGAGCGCGCGGACUAACGACACCCGAGCAAUUGUUUACCUGUUGAGACCGCCCGCUCCGUAAGAACAGUGUUAUUGUAUAGAAAUCAGAAGUUCUUGACAUUUGUUUUUCGAAAUUUGUAGUGAAUACGCGUUCUUUGGAAUAUACGAGUGUUUCCUCGUUGGCUCUCUAUGUUUAAGACAGAAUAAUUACGUGAAGUAGGGGACCAUUUUCUUUAUUUUAUGGAUUGUAUUUAGUUUUCGCUACAAAUAUGUCUUCUUGUUCGAUGACUUUUUUGACUGUGGAUGAGGUUAGUGAAGGAGAGACAAAGUUUGGUCAGAAGGAGUACAAUAACAGUCCCUACCGACACAGGGUUCCGAGUCCUCUGCUAGGGGAGGUCAACUUCAACAUGCUCAACGUCUCACCAAGACCAAGGAGCAGGUCAUCCUCUGUCAAGAAAUCGAAAAAGAAAAGUUUGGAGGCGUUCGACCUUGACAUUCGUCCUCGGACAAGCAGCCUUCCGACCAAAAACACGUAUAAAAAGCCGAACCUCGGGUCGUUACGUCACACGUCAGAAGGGUGCGGGGACGACGAAACUGACCCUGAUUUCUACAGACUCCGGACAUUCGAGCUGACUCCUAAAGGGAUCGUGAAUCGCGGAGAUUCUCUUAGAUCCAGGAGUACGAACAGCAUCCUGUCAUCCGGGAGUGAAAUGGGAUGUUUAUCGAGAACGUCCAGCUCCCUAUCACAGAGCAGCUUUGGAAAUAGUACGGGUUCAGGGGGAACUGGUGUGCCGUUUAGGGUGCUUGUAGUGGGUCCAGAAGGAACUGGCAAAAGUUGUAUGGUGAGACAAUUCACGACUUCGGAAUACCUCGGGGGAUUUGAUACAAGCCUUGGUAAGUGA